AUGUCGAUGGACGGAAAGACUUUAUAUGAACUUUUUAACAAGAUUGUGGACUCUCAUCAAAUGUACUUUUCAUUAUUUGGAAUUUUGUAUUUUAAUAAAAUAUAUUCAAUUUCUAAUACAAAUACUCUUCUCUUCAGUGAAGAGAUUUGUUUGUUACCUUAUCAAAGCACUCUUCCGAAAGAUCAAUAUUAUCCGUUUCUUUUAAUUGAUUCAAAUCUUGGUAUCCCAUUAGAACAUUUACAAAAAAUUUUUAAACAGGCUCAUGGAAUAUUUAUGAAUCUUUACGUCGAUCGUGUCCAAGGCUACAAUGAUAAUAAAGAGACUAUCGAACUCGUAAAACAAUCAACUCGAUGUUUAUUAUUGCUCAAUCCGGAUUUAUAUACAGCUACCAACGCAAGGAAAUGGAUCAUCUCGAAUAUUAUAUCACGUUAUCAAUCUGAUAAUAAGUUUGAUAUUACCGAAUUAAUUCGACUUGAAAUUCCUAUAAUUCGUCGUGUUGUUGAAUUAUAUCCUAAAAACUAUUACGCUUGGACCCAUAGGCAUUGGAUUAUCUCUUUGUUACCAAUUGAUUCUUCCAAUUCUAUUUCACUUUUAGAUGAUGAAUUAUUGAAUAUGGAAAAAUGGGUUCGAACGAACGUUUCUGAUCACUCUGGAUUUCAUCAUCGACAAUUAUGUUUGAUAAAGAAAUCACAAUUUUAUAAUUCUACAAUUGCUAAUUUUCUUGGAAUUUCUAGAGAUAACUUGUUAAAUCAACUUCCUGUUCCGGAAAAUUUAUCCUCUACCAAAACGGAUCAUAUUACCCUUCUAUGGUUCAAUGAAAUACGUUUAACUAGGGAUCUUAUUUUAAGAUAUCCUGGGCAUGAAACUUUAUGGUAUCAUUUAAGAUUUUUAUCGGUCAUUUGGAAAUGGUUAAGUUCUUUGGGCCAUAUUUAUCCAAUUGAAUCUAAAAACAUUGAACCUUAUGGAGAUGGGGAUGGUGAAAACAUUAUGUUGAAUUUAUGGCCUGAUUAUGAAAAUGAAUUGAAAUUUUCUCGUUAUUGUAUUCUUAUGAACUCUGAUAUUGACGAUGAACAUAUAGCUUUACAAAAACGUUACGCCAUUACCUAUGAAUUAUGGAUUUCAGAAUUGCAUGGUGUAUCAAAUAAUAAUAUUGACUCGUUAAUUUCAAAACUCGCUGAAAUAGCUCCUGAAUCUAAUUACUAUUUGUGUCGAAAAUCGAAUUUUUCAUAA